CUGUCUCUGGUUGUAGAGCUGAUCAUUAGAACUCACGCUAUAAUACAAUAUGACAAUGCUGGGGUUUGUGAUGCUAUUAUGCAUCCUGGGAGCCACCGUAGAUCUGAGAACUGCCGCCCUAGCUAUAUGCUCCUGCAACACUGAGCCCAGAGAUGUGGUGUUCAUCAUCGACAGUUCUCGAAGUGUCCAGCCCGCUGAGUUUGAACAGGCCAAGGUCUUUAUGACCCAAGUCAUUGAUGUUUUAAACUACGGGCCUGAUGCUACUCGUGUGGGAGUUGUGAAUUAUGCCAGUUGGGUGAAGAACGAAGUCUCUCUGAAUUCCUAUAAAACCAAGGCUGGGUUGGUCGAGGCUGUAUCUAAGAUUAAACCACUGUCCACUGGUACCAUGACAGGCCUUGCCAUUCAUUUCGCAAUGAAUGUGGCCUUUAGUGAAGCAGAAGGUGCACGCAAAUUCCCUCGAGUCAGAAAGGUGGCCAUCAUUGUGACCAACACCCGUUCACAGGACAACGUACGUGACAUCGCAGCGAAGGCACGGGAGGCUGGCAUUGAGAUCUUUGCCAUCAGGGUGGGUCGUGGGAACAUGAACACUCUCAGGCAGAUGGCCAGCGAACCUCUCAAUGAUCAUGUAGAUCAUAUAAGGAGUAACAGCCUCAUAGAGAAGCUCAAAAAGAAGUUCCAAACAAUCUUGUGUGUCAUGGCAAGGGACCUGUGUGAGAUAGGCAAACAUGACUGUGAGCACAUUUGCAUCAGCACUCAUGGAUCUUACCACUGCGCCUGCAAAGAGGGCCACAGGCUAAUGGACGACGGCAAAUCAUGCACUGCUUGCAGUAAUGCAGCCUUAGAUGUGGUCUUCUUGAUCGAUAGCUCUAAAAGUGUGAGACCAGAAAACUUUGAGCUGGUGAAGAAAUGGAUCAACCAGAUUGUAGACAAGCUGGAUGUGUCGGAGAACAAUGCUCAUGUCGGACUGGUGCAGUAUUCCAGCUCUGUGAGGCAGGAAUUCCCUCUGGGACGCUACAACAACAAGAAGGACCUAAAAGAUGCUGUGAAAAAAAUGGACUACAUGGAAAGAGGAACCAUGACUGGCCUAGCCCUAAAUUAUCUGGUGAACAGUAGCUUCACUUCUAGCCAGGAUGCCAGGCCUGAAGUGAUAAAGGUUGGUAUUGUCUUCACAUUUGGAAGGUCACAAGAUGACAUUGGAGACGCAGCAAGGAAAGCCAAGGAGAAUGGAAUUAAGAUGUAUGCUGUUGGAGUUGGUAAUGUUGUUGAGGACGAGCUGAGGGAGAUUGCCUCUGAACCUGUCGCUGACCAUUACUUCUACACGGCUGACUUCAAAACCAUGAACCAAAUCGCCAAGAAGAUGCAAAUCAAUGUUUGUGAUUAAAGGUGGAGGUAGCACUACAGG